UUGCUUUGUUUUGAUCACAAAAAGCGAUGGAACUUGGAACUAUGGCAAAUUAAAUAUGAAUUUAAAAUGAUUGGCGCAUUUAUUGUUUAUUCUGAACUAAGUGAAAGCAAAUUCUACUUUGCAGUAGAAAUAAUAAAAAAAAGGAACUAAACAAACCAGAGUCAUGGAACAGUUACAAACGGUGCCGGCGAGCUUGCCGCACAUAGUUCAAGUGUACCAGCCCUCAGUUUCCAUCCAUCCAUCUUUACACACGCAAGGAAAGCUCACUUAUCAAGAUGCCAUAACUACCGACACAUUACACCCUGUAACACAAGUCCACAACAUACAAACGAACAUACAGAACGUUCUCACACAAAACCAAACGGUCAUGUCAUGUCAGCAGAUACAUUUGCAGAAUGUACAUCAAACUAUUCAACCAAUACAGGGUGAUUGUCCGCUAGAGAUCACAUCUCAUGUGAUUCUACCGCAAGUGCCGUUGUUUAAGCAGCAUUUAUUAACUGGUACUGUGCAUCAGCAGUAUUAUGGACAGUAUGAUACAUUUUUGAAGGAACAACAGUGUGUUAUAGCUAAAGUUGAGCCAGAGUUACAGUUGAUUCCGGAAAAGCAGGAUGAUUACAGAUCAAAACCAGAGAGCAAUCAACAAGUGAACAUAGAAAUAGUGCUAAAAAAGAAGCGAACGCGCAGCCAGCUUCCGAACCCAAGUAAAUGGGCCAGUAACGUCCGCAAGCAAAAGCACCAACGCGGCGAAGCAUACAUCAGUCGCCGAGGAAAAUAUGUCCCUGAAAGAUGUGUCCGAAACACGAAAGACUGCCUAAAAUCCUGCCGUUACAAGUGUAACGAACGAAUAAACGAUACUGAUAGACAACAUAUCUUCAAAGCAUUCUAUUCUUUAAACGCAAACGAAAAGAAACACUUUCUAUUAAACACAACGGAACGAAACUCAGUGAGACAUAAAGAUCACAAGCACAACAACGGUAAUUUUAAACGGAAUUAUUCAUUCAAGUAUUUCUUUUUAGUUCGCGCAGUUCGAUACGCUGUGUGUAAGAAUUUCUAUCUAGGUACGUUAGCAAUAUCACAGAAACCAGUGUAUAAUGUGCAUUUGAAUAAAACUGACUUGAAUUUGCCGAAACCAGAUGGUCGAGGGCUUUCGGAAGCGAGCACUCAUUCUAUACCCAACGAAUUUAAAGACAGAGUGAGAAGGCAUAUAAUGUCAUUCAAUACUAUUGAUUCUAAGCCUAUAAAGCAAUUUUCGACUAAGAAACAGUAUUUAGAAGCGAACAUGAAUAUAAAACAAAUGUACACUAUGUAUUGUAAUGAGUGCGAAAGAGACAGUGUGACGCCAGUGAAAGAGUCAAUGUAUAGGAAGAUUUUUAAACUCGAGUUUAACUUGCAUUUUAAGAAAGAUAAGACUGGUCAGCUUUGUUGUAAGUGUAGAGGGCCGGUUAAGAAAAAGUGAUGUUUAUUUUAUGAAUUGAAUUUCAAAAACAGUGUGCCGGGUUUUCCAAAUUAAAGAAAUUGUGGAAUUUUUAUAUAAA